AUGUUUGAGAUGACGACGUAUCGUUGUCUUUACUCGUUCUGUGGCCGAUCCGCCAUCUCAGUGUCAUCUUUACAGUUGCAGCCCCUCCUGCUGACACACCUCUACCAUUUAAAAGCCAUCUGGUCGUUUGUCCGGCCGGUUGUUCCAUAUUCAGCCCGCCGUGUGUCGUCGUCCGUCCACGUAUGUGCGUGCGUGACCAGUGAAGUGGUUGUCGGUCGGUCGGUCGGUGUGCAGCUAACGAGGACGAGGAUGUGUCGGUCGAGGUCAUCAUCGUUAAUUGUCGGUCUCUUCCGAAGUGCUCGACAAAGCAGCCGUCGUAGAAACGUCACGGAUCCGCUUUCCCCGUCGUCUCCCAUAGGAGCUGCCGUCGCCACCGUCCCUGACUUGCAGCGCGGCCCGUCGACUGUGCCUCCUCGGCGAUCGGUUUCCAUCGCUACCGCUGUCGCUGUCGUCGAUACGUCCGCACCUCGCCCUUCUCCUACUGCCUCAGUCGCUGUUUCCGGAAUCGCUGAUCCGUACGAUCAGGUUCGUCAGGACGUUGCUGUGGUGAAGAUGCAGUUGAUCCGGUUACAGCGGAUUCUGUUGCGUGACCUUUAUCUUGACAGUCCGGUUAUGGCGUUUUUCCGUUCUUCCCGAGCCAAUGGUACUCGAAUGGUCAGCCGAAUGUAUGGCUUCUGA